AUGUUGAAUUCGAUUGCUUCUACGUUCCGUCUUGUUCUAAUGGUAGUGUGUUCAUGGGGGAAAGUACUGAUAUUUGAGAUGCCGUGGGCCGAUAUGACUGCUGGUGAUAGUAAUCAGUUGAUCUCUGUACAUCCAGAUGACCUCAAGUUCAUUUUUGAGCUGGAAAAGCAAAGCUUUUGCGAUCUUAAAGUUGCGAAUAACACAGAGAACCAUGUUGCUUUUAAGGUUAAAACCACUUCACCUAAGAAGUACUUUGUGAGGCCCAACACUGGUGUUAUACAGCCUUGGGACUCUUGUGUCAUCAGAGUUACCCUUCAAGCCCAACGGGAAUAUCCUCCAGACAUGCAAUGCAAAGAUAAGUUUCUCUUACAGAGUACCAUAGUGCCUCCACAUUCUGAUGUUGAUGAGCUCCCACCAGAUACUUUUAAUAAGGAUAGUGAUGGCAAGGCAAUACAGGAGAUGAAGCUUAGAGUUGUAUACAUCCCUCCUUCGUCAACUGAAGGAAACUCAGAAGAUGAAGUGUUGAAGGGCUCUACACAGAGUCCUGAUGCUAACUCUGCUGUACAGCGCCUGAAGGAUGAAAGGGAUGCAGCUGUUCAACAAACUCAGGUGCUGCAGCAGGAACUGGACUUGCUCAGGAGACGAAGAUAUCGAAAAAGUGAUGCAGGUUUCUCCCUCAUGUUUGCAUUUGUGGUUGGACUUACUGGAAUUAUGGUCGGCUUCCUCUUGAACCUCUCAUUGGCAUCACCGUCUACUGAAUGA